AAUUGUAUACUAACCUAUCUUUUGUAUGGUUUAUUACUACCAUGGAGUAAAAAAAAAGCAAAGCUUAUUUUGGUUAUUUCAGCGCAUAGUUUGGUUAUAUAUUUACAAAUAAUGUUUCCAUUAUAAAAUACUGGCUGGUUUGAAGCGUAGGAUCACACAUCGGUACUUGACCCUCCAAGAGUAUCUCAACGCUAUAGAAGCAUGCUAGACACCCAACAAGUUGACGAGCGAUCUGAAAAUGAGCCACCUGACUUCUCUUCAACGAAAGCACAAAAGCUUCCUCAGUACAUCGCAGCAUUUAUUGUGGCGCUGGGAGCGUUCGGCCUGGGCAUGGUGGUGGGCUGGUCGGCCACGGCUGUGGAGAAGCUCAGGCACGACCUGCCGCUGACCGUGAUCGACGUGUCGUGGCUGGGCAGCAUCGUGAACCUAGCCGCCGCUGUGGUCAUGCUGCCACUCGCGCUGCUCAUGAAGGUGAUGGGACGGCGAACCGUCAUGCUCGUCAUGGCCCCGGCAUUCGCGCUGUCCUGGAUCGUGCUGGCCUUGGCGCGCAGCGUGCCAUGGCUGUUGGUGGCGCGCUUCUUCACCGGCCUGUGCGGCGGCGUGUUCUCGGUGGUGGGGCCCAUAUACAAUGGCGAGGUCGCCGACAAGAAGGUGCGCGGGGCGCUCGGCACCUUUUACCAGCUGUUCCUGUGCACAGGGCUGGUGGCAGCCUAUGUGAUAGGACACUGGGGCAGCCUGCUGACUCUCAACUUAUGCUCGGCAGCCGUGCCGGCGCUUUUCUUCGGACUCGCCUGGCUCGUGCCCGAGACACCGGUGUACCUGAUGGAACGCGGCGACGACCCCGGGGCGGAGCGAGCCCUGCGCUGGCUGCGUGGCCCGCGCUUCGACGUCGCGCGGGAGAUGGUGCUCAUCGCAGAGUACCUAGAGCAGAUGCGUGCCAAAGAGAUAGGGCUGCGAAAGGCCUUCGCGACCCGCGCUGCCACAAGAGCCCUCGUAAUCUCCGCUGUGACCAUGACCAUUCAGCAGGCGAGCGGCAUCAAGCCCGUUGUCUUCUACACAGUGUCCAUCUUCAAGGGCGCUGGCAGCGACAUCGACCCCUACGUUGCCACAGUGAUCACAGGGGUGGUGCUGGCGGUGGCCACGCUCGUGUCAACGCUGCUGGUGGACCGCUGGGGCCGGCGCUACAUGCUGCUGGUCUCGGGGGUGCUCACCACCACCUGCCACGUGGUCAUCGGCAUUCACUACUACAGGGGGGAAAACUCGUCCAUAGGUUGGCUGCCACUCGCAGCGCUCUGCGCCUACCUAGUCACCUACAGUGCAGGCUAUGGCGCCGUGCCGUGGGUGCUGCUGGGCGAGCUGUUCCCUCCCGAGAUUAAGGAGAUUGCCGGCCCCAUCUGCUCCAGCGUCAACUGGCUCGUGGCCUUCGUCGUUGCGAUGGUGUUCCCCAUGUCCGUCAGCUCGCUGGGCUUCGCCGUGUCCUUCUGGCUGCUGGGGCUCUUCUGCUUCCUGGGGUUCGUGUUCGUAUUCGUGUUCGUCGUGGAGACAAAGGGAAAGACUCUCGAGGAGAUUCAGGAGCAGCUGGAGAACACGUCGUACUUCAACUUCAAGUUAUAGUCGUCCUCCUGGGUAGUCAACACCAGACAUUAUGUUCAAUGGUAGUAGCCAACGAUAAAAGUUGUUUUCUAAAGAUAAAGAAUCAAAGAAAUCGACUUACGAUUAUAAUUGGUUGUUAAUUAAUUUACAACAGAUUUUAAUGUAUGUGUUAUAAAUGGUAUAAUAAAAUAUCACAAUCUAUUAAAGACUGCACCUUGAA